AUGUAUUGUCCUUUCAGGUCAGCAGAACUAGAUCUGGACUCGUGUACUAAGGAAGGCACCAUUCUAAGUUGCACUCGUUCAACUAAUGGAAGGUUGAACUUCUUUAUUCAAACUGUGAAACCCAAAGAUACAGUGAUGUGCUACCGUGUCCGAUGGGCAGAAUUUACAACUGAGAGCUUUGUAGAACAUGGCAUGUCCUACAAGGAUUCAUCCUGGUAUGGAGGUGCAGAAUCCAGUACUCAGCAUUGGCCAAUCUUGAUCUCUGGUAUACAGGAACCAAAGCCAUUUGUGACAACAGAUGUUUACUCCAAUCGUGGUGGCUUUGGAGGUAUUCUCGAAAGGUACUGGCUUUCAUCCAAUGCUACUGCUAUAAAGAUUAGUGAUUCUGUGCCCUUUCAUCUAGGAUGGAAUGACACAGAACAAAACCUUUAUUUCCAAAGUCGAUACCACAACACGCCUUACAAGCCACCUCCUGGUCAACAGCCUUUCCCUGAGCUUAGUUAUCGUGUAUGUGUUGGUUCAGACAUCACCUCUAUCCAUAAAUACAUGGUAAGGAGAUACUUUAACAAGCCUACGAAGGUUCCCUCAGAGGCAACAUUCAGAUAUCCAGUGUGGUCAACUUUUGCUGUGUACAAGUCAGACAUCAACCAGGAAAAACUUCUGAGAUAUGCAGAAAACAUAAAGAAAAAUCGGUUUAACUGUAGCCAUUUAGAGCUUGAUGACACCUACACCAGUAAUUAUGGCGAGUUUGAAUUUGAUGCUAUUAAAUUCCCAAAUGUCUCUGAAAUGUUUAAAAAAUUGAGAAGCUAUGGAUUUCAUGUAACUUUGUGGACUCAUCCCUUUAUCAACUAUAAUUCUUCUAAAUUUGGUGAAGGAAUAGAGAAAGGUCUUUUUGUCAGAGAGCCCACAGGACAGCUUCCUGCUAUGGUGCGCUGGUGGAAUGGUAUUGGUGGAAUUCUAGACUUCACUAAUCCUGAAGCCCGAGAGUGGUACUUGUCCCAUUUAAAGAACUUAAAGUCCAAGUAUGAGGUAGCUUCCUUUAAGUUUGAUGCAGGAGAAGCCAGUUAUCUUCCUCAGCAGUUCAGCACAUUAGUACCCCUUCCAGAUCCCAGCACCUUUACCCGACGCUACACUGAAAUGGCAGCUUCUUUCUAUGAGCGUGCAGAGUUAAGAGUUGGCUACCAGUCACAGAAUAUCUCCUGCUUUUUUCGAAUCAUUGAUAGAGAUUCUGUCUGGGGUUAUGAACUGGGUCUGAAGUCUCUUAUACCCACUGUGCUAACUAUAAGCAUUUUAGGAUACCAGUUCAUCCAGCCUGACAUGAUUGGAGGAAAUUUGUACCCCAACCGCACGGAUGGCUCACCAGAGCUACCUAACCGGGAACUUUAUAUUCGUUGGUUGGAGCUUGCAGCUUUCAUGCCUGCCAUGCAAUUUUCUGUACCACCUUGGCACUAUGACAAUGAUGUUAUUAGGAUUGCUCAGAAGUUUACAGCUCUCCAUGAAACGCUAGUAGCUCCCCUUGUUCUGGAGCUGGCUGGAGAAGUAUUGGACACUGGGGAUCCCAUUAUUCGACCACUUUGGUGGAUUGCUCCCAAUGAUCCAUCUGCACACAAGAUUGAUUCCCAGUUUCUUAUUGGAGAUACACUAAUGGUUGCUCCAGUUUUGGAACCAGGAAAACAGGAGAGGGACAUAUACCUUCCUGCAGGGAAGUGGCGCAGUUACAAAGGAGAGUACUAUGAUCGGACACCAAUGCUUUUGACAGACUAUGAGGUUGAUUUAGAUGAAGUAGCUUACUUCACCUGGGUGUCUUAAAGUACUCCUAUAGAAAAUGCACAGAAA